AUUAGUUCAACAUCUUAUCUCCAUGACUCGACAAAAUGUAGCUUUGAAUGAUGAUGAUAAUCAGUACCAGUCAGGCGACUGGUGAGAUGUGACAAGGAAUAUCAACACCGAUAUGAAAAUAUAAAACAUUUACAAACAAAAUGUCGUUCUUUGGCAAAAAAUUCAGGAGGAUAGGCUGUGAGAACAUGGAAGCGUUAGUGAAACAAACGAACCCAAUAAGUCCUCAACUGGCCUACAUACUAAACGCCCCUGCUCCAGUAUUUUCGUACACACAGCACAGUCCUGACCAGUACAUCUUCAGACUCGAAUUGGACAGCAAGGUCAUGUCGCACUUCUUCAGGCUAGGAGAGGAGCUCGAGCUGGAGAAAAAGGAUGGGAGUAAGGUCAAAGUUACAUACACACUAGGAGCACACAAUGUCCUGCAUAAAGUCGUUCAAACCCAGGACGGCAAGAAGAUGGCACAUUUUAGACAGGAGUUCGGUGAAAAUGAAGCUAUUAUGUACAUAAAGCUGGAUGGAUCUGACGUCGAAGGAAGAGUAUAUUACGAGGCCGUCACCUAGUCAGUAAAAAAAUAGUAGAUAUUCAGUUAUAGUAUUCUAUCUACGCGUACGUUUUUUAUUUUCAAAAUAUGACCGCAACAUUGUACGCGUGAGAAACUUUAUUUAAAGACUGUACAGCAAUGCACAGACGACAGCAUAUUAAUAUAAGCAUCUUAUGUAUGUUGUAAUAAAUGCUACAUUUCAACAAAAUGCUUACUGUUUAGUCUAAUAUGCUGUGGACUGUACUAACGACAGCACAUACGGGACUAUUCCCACCGCUGCCUCCUGUGUAGCCAGGAUCUACAGCUUGAUCGCCAAUAAAAACCCAACCAGUGAAAGUCAAGUUUGUCCCGGGGGAAAGUUAAAAGUUAAGCUGUCAUUGGACCCGCAACGAAAUUAAUCAGAAGAACAUAGGAGGAGUUCGAAGUUUAGGUUCGACUUCCCUCCUCCGGAUGACAAGUGACAAUCAAAGGCUUAGCACGAUAAGACGGCACAUCCAGCCAAACAUCGUGCCAUCAUGCUAAGAGAUGCGGUCAUCGUUGUUAUUUCAGCCAAAGAACGUCCAGCUAGUAGACAGUGGGUGCGGUAUUGCAACAAAUUGUCUAUUGUAUUGAAUUUCUGUAAAAAUAGGCUUAAGCUUGGAAAUAAAUAAAUAAAAUUGUAGUCUCUGAUGUGCUGUCGACUACGCCUUAAUACAAUAAAUAAAAAUUUCAGUAUAUUUAUGUAUUGUUAAGUAAUAGUUGUUAUUAAGUAGAUAAUAAUAAAGACCUAACUCAUAGACUAAAUUGUAGAUUUUAUUCUUUUUCAGACUCAGUAUAGGGCCCUGAAAAAGAAUAGAGUCCGACACUAACGCCCGAUUCGACCAAACUUUUAUCCGAGAAUAACUCCGGGUAUAACUAACGUGACCAUUUAUUUUCUGUGCCAGAGCGGGACGACUGAGGAAUAGUUCAAAAAAAAAUAAUUAUAAAAUAAAACAAAGUUUUGGGAGAUUUACAAGUUUAUAGAAGAUUGAAUAACACAAAUCAAAGCACUAAACACAAAACAGUUAAAUAGUGGGGUGACUUCUAAGUCAUAUUUUUGUAUUUGUCGGCGGAACAAACGAACGUAUUUUUGUAUUUGUUUUUAGAUAACUAUGGAACUCACUGAAUGAUUUAUUUAUAUUUAUUUUCGUUAUCAACAUAGCUUUCAUAUCUGCUACACUUAGCUGGGUUUUAUCCCUCGUUCACAUUUUGUUCAUUUGAGAAAAAACUCUUUCGACUGGUGCGUUACUUCCUGGCAGGCACAUAACGUACUCGAUAAGUAUGGAAAAGUUUGUUACAUCAAGUGUAUUGGUACGAAAGUGCUGGAAUAAUUCGAGCCAACGGUUUUCAGUAGAAACAUUCUCGGCAUUCCAGCCAGAGAUCUUUUCAUCUGUCACAAAGUUAGAAAUAAGUGCGUAUCUUGACCGCUGCUAAUAAACCCCUGCGUGGUCAGUAAAUCCAGCACUUUUUGUACCUCUUCCCACGUAGACACUUUAUAGAUGCAUUCUUAAAGCUAAAGCGGGACGUUUUUGCUCUUGCGGGGGACAGCGGGACAGACAGUCUGAAAGCGGGACAGUCCCGCCCAAAGCGGGACGUAUGGUCACGUUAGGUAUAACUGACACAUUGACAGUUUCAGUAUGGGAAAUGUAUCAAAAUGUCGAAUAAAAUUGACGAUUUAUUCUGAGAUUAAUAUUUACUAUUGUUUGGUCGAAACCACCCUAAGCUAGAUUACAUAAACUCAGAACAGUAUAGUUUUAUCGGCGUACCUAAGUCAUUAUAAUUUAUUAUUGUAAAAUAAAGUAUUACUAAUUUAAGUUA